CUGCAUAUCAAAAUGUGGUGAUUUAGAAGCAGCCAAAUUAAAUUCUGACUGUUAUACAGCAAAUAGAUCACGAUUAUGUCGUGCUCAUUUAAUAAAAUGUAAAAAUUUUGUAGCAGAUUAUGGUGAAGAGGAGGUAGAACGAAUUAAAGCUAUUUCUGUACCAGAGGAUAAUAAAAAAAGAAAAUCAAGCAAAAAAAACGACAAUGAAGAAUUAUCUUCUAGUAAUGAUGAAGAAUCUACUGAGGCAAAUAAAAAAUAUAAAGUUUUACCAUCUUCAUCUAGCUCUUUAAAUAGUCGUCAACAAUCUAUUAAAAAUUUUGUUGCUAAAAAGGCUGAACAAGAUCUUAAACGAUUACACAUUGCUACACCAAUUGUUCCUGAAGAAGAUGAGACUAAUAACGAAUCAGAAGAACAAAGAUGGAAUUCAUUAAUUAAUGAUUGGAUUAAUAUGACCGAAUAUAAAAAUCAAUUUGAUCAUAGCGAAGAUGAAAUCUUUUUAAAUUCUGAUUGGGAUAAGGAUUUUAACUUUGGUGGAAGAAUGAAACAUCCAGCAGACGAUAAUGAAGCAAAGUGGAGCUUAGAAACUUUGUUUACUUCUGGCUUAGAAAAGCCAAAUUUUUUAAAUA